AUGGCACCCAUUCUGUUCCCACGCGUCCUCAAUGGUGGUGCUCCCAACCUCGACCCGCUCGGCGUCACCUAUGUUGUCAUGACCAUCCUCUACACAUUGUUGUUAUCUGGAGAGCUAUAUCUUUUGUAUCGACAUCGAACAGCUUUCUGCGUCCAGAUCAGAAACCUCAAAGUUGUCUUUGGUGCUGUCUCUAUGCUCCAAGUUUACCUGGUCCUCGUUCUUUUAGUCUACCCAGAGAAUGGUCUUUUCCCAUGCUCAGCCGAAUUUUGGAUCAUGUCUAUCUUUCUCCCGUCUGGCAUGGCAUUUUUCCAAGCUUGCAACGCGAGGGUUCUGAAGGCCUACGAAAGCCAACGCCGCCUAAAACGAAACUUUCUAGAAGGAGCACGGAAGAAGAGGCUCGAAUGGACACCUCGAGGUCUAUACGAAGCCUGGCUAGAUCUUGAUGCUGCGGCGAAAGUCUAUGUGGGCACUGUCGUAGGAUUGAUUAUCUCCUUUAUUCCUACAAUCAUUCUAUUCUUUGGGUCACGACGGUUUCACGCAUCCUACGGAUUCUUUGGCCCCGUUGUCGACUCACGGGUCUGUCGCCAGGGCGCAGAAUGGAUACCUUCCAUUUUUGUUCAGCUAUUUUGGACCGCGCUUGUUGGCCCAUGGAUACUGUGGAAAAUCCGGAGAGUAAAUGAUGUCCAUUCAUGGGCUUGGCAAACCAGGCUUGCAAUUCUUGCAGGAUUGCCUGGCACGCCGUUGUGGUUAGCGUUCACCUACGCGAAAAUCCCCGGAAUGGUAUCCAUAAAUAGGUACUUUGCAACCGCCGGAUGGUUCAUACCGUCCCUAGUCGUUUGUCAGCAGGUACUUAUCAUCAUUCCGCUCCGCGAUGCCUGGAAGUCGCAGGCUCGACGAACCUCCAUCUCGUCCACAUCUACCACCGAAACCCUCCACUCCACAAGGAGUUCUAUAUCUACAAAAUCCCCAAGGGUAGUGCUGAGCAAAGAGCUGAGACCGAAAGCAUCAAUGCAGGCCUUGGAAUUCUGCGUUGAUAACAACAUUGAGCCAUUGAUCUCGUGGGCGGCGUCCCGAGAAUUCACCGCCGAGAACACCAUCUUUCUCCGAGAAGUGCGAAACUGGAAGAAGAAAUGGGCUCCCCUCACGACCGUCACAACUGCUCAACGAAGGCAAAUGUUCACCGAAGCUUCGCUCAUCUUCUUCACCCUCAUCAAUCCUUUCACCGCAGAGACACCCAUCAACAUCGAAUACAAGAUUUUCCGCUCUCUUCAGAGCCUCUUUGCGACUGUCGAGUUUGAUCCCUAUCGCCCCACCAGCCGUGUCGGCACACCAGACUCGACCCAAGAAAGAGAGAAUGUGGUAUGUCCAUGGGAGGAUGUGCUGAAUCGGCCGACGAGUAUCAAGUCCGACGUGAGUGCUUCCAGUACCGCGAGUACAAGGAGUCUUGUGCCGAGCCAAUUCACCGAAAAUAUAUUCGACGCCGCGUUCGAAAGUAUCAAGUACCUGGUCUUCACCAACACAUGGCCGAGGUAUGUUGAGGCAGAGAUGGCCGGGAACGCAUCGCCAUAG